AUGACUUACGGUUUACGGGCUGAAGGUGGUGGAGAGAAAAAUGGGAAAGAGGGAAUUACGGUAGGGAUAAUGGUUGGGAGUACUGUGGGAAAGUUUGGUGGCAGUGGAGGCAGUGUAACCUUAGGGAUUGUAGUAGGGAAAUUGGGAAGUGGAGGCAGCUGUGUGGAGCCGCCGCCGGUGGGAUUAGGUAGAGAUGGUAUUGGCAAGUUUGGCAAGUUUGGCAAGUUAGGCAAUGUGGGUUGUGGCAGAGGAAGGAAAGGUGGCAGUGUUGUGCCAGGUUUAGGCAAAGACGGUGCAGUCGUCUGGAGAAGAUUGCGAGCCGCUACGGAGACAUGGAUGCUUGAAGAACACAGGAUAAUGAACAAGAUGGCAGCAAAGAAGCAGUGCUUGUAA